CAAGCGUGCUUACAUUGGCCCGGUCGUUGUUCGCUGCAGCUUCACCUGCUCUUUUAUUACUCGCCAACUCGUUCCAACCAUUCUUCACUUUUUUUAGUAUAUUACUUAAUCACUUUAUUCAAGUUGUCCCCAAUAAUGCGAUCAUUUUUUUUCUUUCUGGAAUUGUACUUAUUCACCUAAUGCUUGUAGUCAUGAAAUUUCCACGACCAACCUAUAAAGAAAUAGAUGAUGAUGAUAUAUCCAUUGGUUUCAAUAAUUCAACCAAUUAUAGAGUCUUUGCAUCUCUAUAUAAAACCCUCAAUUAAUUGUUCAGACUAGUCAAAGUGAUUAUCCAUAAAGUUUUUUUCCGGUUGGAAUUACAAAAAACAUGGCUUCGUUUGUCUCCCAAGAUGUUGCCGCUGAGAAAGUUGACGCCAUGAGGAGGUUCGAGAGAACGAGAUACUUUUGGAAGUUUCUUCCAGUGAUUGAAGCUCUUGUCGUCGUGUUACUUCUCCUCUCUUGGUUGACGCCGUCUCUUUCCGUGGGUGAGUACCUCCAGCGGAUUCUUUCCGGUGGCUGGACCGGUGGUGUAUUCAUAUUCGUCAUUGUGAACGUUCUCAUCGCCCUUAUUUUCUCCUUAUCUAACCACCACCAAAAAGUAACCGAACCUGAUCUGUAUUUUCAAUACGUUUCUUCCUCCGCAACCACCAAUACUCUCAGUGGUUUAUCCUCCGCAACCACCACCACUCCUCUCGGUGGUUAUUCUUCCUCCUCCGCCGUCGUCUCUAAACAGCCGGAGUCAGAAAACGAAGAAAAGACUUCAGGUGAAAAGUCAGGGACGGACUUGAGCUCCGUUACACUAACCGCCGAAGAGGCUCGACCGGUGAGGCGAGAGAUGGUCCGGGCGGUCAGUUCCGUGGCGGAGACAGCUCAUGCCAUAAGAAGGAAGAAUGAAAUGACUUUUCUGCCCCCAGUCGCUACUGAGAGUAGUAGUGAUCAUCAGGUUUACAGGAGGUCGAGAUCAGAGAGGCUUGAUGUGCGGGGAGAGUUUCGUAGGAGCAUGAGACGGUUGUGUGACAUGGAUGAUCUGAGUAGUGAUGAGUUUAGAUCGACUGUGGAGACAUUUAUAGCUGGGAAGAAGAAGAUGCUGUUGAAGGAAUGGAUGAAGCCGUGAAAUAUUAUUAGGAACACGACUUCUACCAGAGGCUUUAACGUUUCAUUUUGGAUACAUAUUAUAUAAUUUCUUGUGAUUAUUAGUGAGUUUGUCGUACGUUCCAUUAGCAUUUUCACUUCCUUGGUCAAAAUUUAAGAUAAAUGUAAUCGAAAAAUAACAGCUACCAUCCCCAGAAGUCAGAACUAUCAUUUUCAUAUUUUUGAACAAAAUGUAUAAUUUUCCAUGUUGAAGAAGGUAGAUUUUUGUUUCAGAUGUGGAGAUGCCAUUGAAGCUAUAUCUCAUCCACAUGAUUUUGGACACGUUACCGUAACUGCAUGGAGAGAAUCUGAAGAAUGGGUUUUAGAACGACAUUGCUUUGUUUGUUUUUUAAAAAAAAAAUGGCUGAAAAAAGUCUACAUUGAUACAUAUCACCCGGUUUAGUUUACAGAGUCUGUAUGAGUCUGUAUAAGUUGAUACAAAAAAAAUAUAUAUAAA